AUGGAGAAAAAGAUCACCUUCUUCAUCGUCCUCACAUUAUUGAUAUUUGCCGUCUCCAACCCUAGUCUCGUUAUGGAUCUUAUCGUCGUUUUCACUGCUGUAUUUAAGGAGUCGCCGGCGCCGGAAAUAUUCGGCAAUAAAAAAUGGUUAUUUUUGAAGCCGAUCAGCUUACACAUCUACCUCAUAGUUUUUUUGUUAUUCGCCGUCUCCACCAUUUAUGUCUUUCUCGAUCCUGUCGACGUUUCGACUGAUGUAUCUAAGUCCUCGCCGGUAUCAGUUGCUGACGGCGAUGAAACCCCUGACGUUAACACGACUGAUCCACCGCCGCGUACAAAGUUUCCCGUAGUACGUCCGAUGAUCAAGCGUUACUUAUUCGAUACUCUUAAUCCACUCAAAUUCGGACGUUAUCUAUGCGGGAAGUUCGAGAAAAAGCUCAUGCAUGAUCCCUCGGAGCAAGAGGACAUAAUCUUAUCUGGAGAAUCGGAUAGUUUCGAUCCGAAGAGCUGA